AUGUAUGCCAAAAAAUUUCAGCGGAUCGCGAUCGCGUCGCAGCUGCGCAAUGAUGCGAGCUGGCUCACAGUCACAUCGCUGGGCAUGCGUGGGUACAGUAGCAACACGCUCCCAAGCCUCGUGUGCAAGGUGCUUUUGGGAGCCUUGAACCUCUGGACGAUGCAGCUCUUGGCGCAGUCGGUCCUCCAAAUGUCCCCCCGCGCCCUCGUGACGCCGCUCUUUCGAGAUACGACCUGCUACUGCGCGUACGCUCACGUGCACUGCACGGCAACGAACGACGACGACACGGACGAUGGCGGCGUUGCAUUUCUGCAGUCGCAGCUCGCACCGCUGGGAACCCGUCUCUUUUACCUUGAAAUCGACCACUGCCCACUGCCGCACGGCGUCCCCGCGCAUGUCCUCGCGCCCCUCACUACGCUCUAUGCCUUGCGCGUGCUCUUCUCCAACAUGACGUCGUUUGAUGGCGUCGGCCUUCCAUCGUCGCUCAUGGUCCUCGAACUCCGGUACAGUGCAUUGACGGUCGCCCCCACGGUCGUCACGUCGGCCUUGCCGCCGAUGCUUCUCUCCCUCUACCUUGACGGCAGUCGCAUCCCGCACCUCGGUCGCGACGUUAUCCGCCACUGGCGACAGCUCACGACGCUUCACGUCACCGAAACACCCAUCGGCGACGACGAUUUCGUCACCAUUGUGCGCGAGCUGCCCCAUUUGAGCGAGCUCGCACUGCACCACACGCAAAUGACUGCGCUACCGCCCGAGCUCUUUCGCCUGCCGAGCUUGCAGACUGUGUUCUUAUCGUCGUGUGCGAUCACCGCGUGGCCAUCGCAGCCCGUGACGCCGCUCGAUGGGUUUUUGGAUCUGUCGUGCAAUCCGCUCACCCACGCGCCGUCGUGGGUGCAGGUCGAUGCUUCGUGCGAGGCGUCCUGUAGCAGCCUCUUGCGCACCAACGGCCUCUGCAACUAUGCCUGCGACGACGCGCCGGCCUGCGCUCAGUACUUUCUCCAGCCUAGCCUUAACUGA